AUGAAAAAAACACCCAAGAACUCCGCCUCCGCCGGGGAAGAUGAUCUAGACGCGCUAGUCCGUCAGAUAGAAAACGCAGAUAUCCCACCCGCCCCGCCAAACCAGUGUGCGGCCGCAGGGUGUAAAGCCAAAACGCAUAUCGCUGGUGUCGACUGUGGGUUCUGUAAACGGCGAUUCUGUCUAGCCCACCGCCUCCCUGAAACCCAUGCGCAAAUCUGCACCACCCGCACGUCCCGCACCGCACACGCCAAACACGCAUCCAACGCGACGCUGUUUUCCGCGAUGGUCGCGAGGGAUCCGGUGAAAGCGAGCAGACCGGGCGCGUUGGAGAGGGAGAGGGAGGAUGCGCGGAGGAGGGUUCGGGGGGGCGGGAAGGAGGGGAAGAGUGGAGGCGGGGAUGGAGGUGGAGGUGGAGGGAAGGCGAAGUGA